CCGCUCAGCCCCGCCCGCCGCCCGCCCGCGCCGCUCCGGCAGCAGCAGCAGCGCUGGGAAGCGGGGAAACUUGGCGGCGGCUCGGGAUGGAGGAGGCUGCGCAGCCCUCGGCGGGGAGCGCCCGGCCCUGAGCCCCGCGCCCCGUGCCGCCCCCACGCGCCGUCCUUCUGCACAUGGGGCCGGGGCAGCAGCCGCCCGCGCCCGCCCGGGCCGGGCCGCUCCGGCUGCGCAGGGUCCGGCAGCGGCGGGAGAUGCUGCCGCAGCAGCUGGGUUUCCUCGGCGCCCUCCUCUUCGUCGUGUGGUGCCUGUGCAGCCUGCUCGCCGCGCCAGGACAAGAAUCAGCUACUGCAGACAAACGUAUUUUGUCAGAAAUAUGGAGGAAUAGAAGACUAAUGGUAUCACAAAAUGGGACACAUGAAGAAAAGAACUGUACAGACCCAGCAAUUACUGAAUUUCCUACAGAUUUGUUUACAAACAAGGAACGACAGCACGGAGCAGUACUGCUUCAUAUUUUUAGUGCACUUUAUAUGUUCUAUGCUUUGGCUAUAGUAUGUGAUGACUUCUUUGUUCCAUCAUUAGAAAAAAUUUGUGAGAAACUACAUUUGAGUGAAGAUGUUGCUGGAGCCACUUUCAUGGCUGCAGGAAGCUCAACCCCAGAAUUGUUUGCCUCUGUUAUAGGUGUAUUUAUCACUCAUGGUGAUGUAGGAGUGGGGACAAUUGUUGGUUCUGCAGUUUUCAACAUCCUCUGCAUUAUUGGUGUCUGUGGGAUAUUUGCAGGACAGGUGGUUCGUCUCACCUGGUGGGCUGUGUUCAGGGAUUCUGUCUACUACACGCUGUCUGUGAUUAUACUUAUUGCUUUCAUAUAUGAUGAGAAAAUAGUAUGGUGGGAAAGCCUUGUACUCAUCAUUAUGUAUUCAUUCUAUAUACUUAUCAUGAAGUACAAUGUGAAAUUGCAAAGCUUUUUUACCUUCAAAAGAAAGAAUGUUGGAAAUGGCAACACCGUCAACAAUGAGCUGGAAGAUGGUAAUGCAUAUUAUGGCAUUAGCUGUGAUGACCCAUCCAUACCAUUGCUAUUGAAAGUGAAGGGAGUACAGCAGUACGGCAAAAACACUGUAGUGAUGGUGGAUGAGAUCAUCUGUUCCAGCCCACCAAAAUUCCGUUUCCCUGAAGCCGGCUUACGAAUAAUGAUAACAAAUAAAUUUGGACCAAGAACCAGAAUGCGAAUGGCAAGCAGACUCAUUAUUAACGAGCGUCAGCGACUGAUUCAGUCUGCCAAUGGCACAAGCAAACCGCUUCAGAACGGGAAGCAUGAGAACAUUGAAAAUGGGAACAUCCAUGUGGAAAACCAGGAAGAGAAUGAGCAUGAUAACCUGUCUCCCUUUUCAAUACCAGAUGGAAAAGUGAACAAGAUCAAGUGGAUUUUGACAUGGCCAUUGAUAUUUCUGCUUUUUUGUACCAUUCCAAACUGCAGCAAGCCACGCUGGGAGAAAUUUUUCAUGCUGACGUUCAUUUUAUCCACUCUGUGGAUUGCAUUGUUUUCCUAUUUUAUGGUGUGGAUGGUUACUGUGAUUGGAUACACUCUGGGGAUUCCUGAUGUUAUCAUGGGCAUUACUUUCCUAGCAGCAGGAACAAGUGUACCAGACUGCAUGGCCAGCUUAAUAGUAGCAAGACAAGGCCUUGGUGAUAUGGCAGUAUCCAACACAAUAGGGAGCAAUGUAUUUGACAUUUUAGUAGGCCUUGGCGUCCCAUGGGGCUUGCAAACUAUGGUGGUUGAUUAUGGAUCGUCUGUUAGGAUAAAUAGCAAGGGGCUGGUCUAUUCAGUUGUGCUUCUGCUGGGAUCUGUAGCUCUUACUGUGGCUGGAAUCCAUAUAAAUCAAUGGAAACUUGACAAGAAACUAGGCAUCUAUGUGUUGCUUCUUUAUGCCAUUUUCCUGUGUUUCUCUAUAUUAAUAGAGUUCAAUGUCUUCACCUUUGUCAACUUCCCAAUGUGCCGAGAAAAUCUUUAAAUGAGCCACACAAAAGGAGAGAGACUCAGAUGUUCUUAACUCCUUGUCCAGUAAGUGACAGGACAUUUACAUUUCUACUUUUUCUCUUCAUUGAUAAUUUAAGUGUCUUUUCUGUUGCAUCAGUUAACAAGAACUUUUAGCUUUGGAAGGAAAACAAACAAACCUUUCUUGGAACAUGCCAGCUCAAGGCAACCAAAACAUUUGCCUCCUUUGGAUAUUGCUGCUCAAAAGUCCCAUUUCUCAAAGGUCCCACUUCAGCAGCAUUCUUUUGUGGUUUCCCUUCUCCUGUAUGCAGACAAUCAAGCAAGAACAUUAAUAAACUCUCAUCUUUCUUUUUCUUUUUUUUUUUGGCAUUUAUUCUCCAUGGAAGAAAAGAAGGCAAGCUAAGAACUGUUCUUGGCUCAGUUAAAGGAUCUCAGCUACAAGACCAGAAAGACCAGUGCACAUAUUAUGGCAUGCGACGUUGAGGACAUUUUUCCCCAUUCAAGUGCUCUGUUUAUAGAGGAACUGCAUUGACAUACAUAAGCCUUUGAUGGUGAUGCUUAACCAUUGUUUUCUUAAGAAUGCAUGAACAAUUUGACAGAGAAAGAAGAGAAGAUGGUUAAUACUGUAUCACUUUUGAUGAUGCGUGGUAAGAGGAAGAGAAUCUGAAUAUUCAAAAAGAGAAUAAACCCACAGCGGUUCAUACUUGAAAAAUGUUUUACCAUCAGCAAGGACCAUUGUACAGUUAUAUACUAAUAUUUGUGGAACAUUAAGCCUGUAAAUAACAUUUUGCAUUUACAUCAAUAAGCACACUUUUGUAAUUUUAGAAGACACUAAAAGGCAGGAGUCCAACUGAGUGCUCUAUAUCCAGCAAUCGUUGUUGUUAUCAUCAGAAAACUAUAACCCAAAUACAUUCCAGAACUGCUUGCAAUUUGCACCGUGGAUUUAGGGGGAGGGUUGCUUCAUCAUUAGGCUAUUGAUCUAGAAGCUGCUGCAUUCUUCUCCACUUGUUGCUACACCCCACAAACUCUGUAAAGAUGGGUGCCUGAUACUACACAGUGCUGAUAUUAAACAACGAUGACAAGAGCAAGUCUAUCACGGGAACCAGCUCCUCGAUCUGUUUGCAUGCAGAAAGUUUUAAAGCUUGACUUAAUCUAGAGCUGAACUAUUUAACUCCCUCUUCUCCCAGCCAGAUUUGGAUAUCUUUUGCACUAGCAUAAAACUAGUUUAAAAUAAUUUUUCUGUGUGUAAUCGACAGUAGAAUCUGGCUCAAAGAAUACAAACAAAAAUGUAACAUCAUAUGCUGUAGUGGUGGUACAAAAAAAGAGUCACCAAAAAAAUUAAGAUGUUUUAAAACAGCUACUUUAAAAAUAUUUUAAAGUUGUAUAUGAACAAAAACAUUUAAAGGUUUCUAAAGAAGCACAGCUAACUUUAUACAUAGAUUUUUUUAUUUUUUUAAUGUUUCUAGGAAAAAGUCUCAGUUAAUUAAAGAUUUGAUGCAUUUUUAAA